AUGGCCUCCGGGUGGAGGGGCAUCCUGGGCUUCGACUACGGCAUCGUGCAGGCGCCGCUCGGCCCCGACAUCUCCGGCCCUGAGCUCGUCGCCGCAGUCGCCAACGCCGGCGCCAUCGGACUCCUCCGCCUCCCUGACUGGCCGGCGCCGGAUCAUGUCAGAGAGCUGAUCCGGAAGACCAGGAGCCUCACGUCCAAGCUGUUCGGGGCGGCCAUCGUGCUGGCUCUUCCCGCACGAGGAGAACCUCAGGGUCGUCCUGGAGGAGAAGCUCGCCGUGCUGCAGGUCUACUGGGGGGACUUCCAAGGAGAGGGUCCAAGAGGGCGCAUCGCGCCGGAGUUAAGGUCUUUGCAUCAGGUGCGCGCCAUUGCUAG